AUGGCCGACACGCCACUCGAUAUUACAACAUGGCGUCGUCAUUACCAUAACGAAGAUGAGCCGGUGCUUAUAGAAGAUCAACUUCCUACAAAUGAUCCCUAUAUUCUUUUCGACAUUUGGUUUAAGAAUAUCUCCUCAAAAGCCGAUUUGUUGUUUGAGGAAACAAAUGCAGUUUGUGUCUCGACCGUUUCCGAAGAAGGUCAACCUUCAUCAAGAAUGGUGCUGAUGAGAAGCUACACUCGCGAUGGAUUUGUUUUUCACACGAAUUACGACAGUCGAAAAGGACAAGAAAUUGCGAAAAACAACAGGGUGGCGCUCUUGUUCUUUUGGCCAAAAGUUCAUCGACAAGUACGAGUAGAAGGUCGUGCCGAGUACUGGACAGAGGCUGAAAAUGAUGCUUAUUGGAAUUCGCGACCUCUGCCUAAUAGAAUUGGUACAAAAUGCAGUGAGCAAAGCAAAGUGAUCGAAAAUCGGCAGAUACUCUUGGACAGAAGGGCAACUUUAGAGAAACUUGCCGCCGAGGAAGGACCCAACACCAUUACACGACCAAAGAAUUGGGGCGGAUUUUUGGUACGCCCAAACAUGUACGAAUUCUGGCAAGGUCAAAGUGAUCGGGUGCACGAUCGCCUUAUUUUCACGAAAGAUUCCACUGAUGCAAAGCCAGCGGAUAAUGGAUGGUUUCUUAAACGACUUUCUCCU